AUGUCACUAAGAAAUGGCGUUUGUGUUAAUCGUUCAGAAAUUGAUUUUAACACUGACUUGGACGAAAUUCCAAUUUGUGAAGAAACUCGACAACUUCUAUGUAUUGGAAAUAACUCAGAAAGAACAAUGAAAGUUCAAAUGAGUGUUUCGUCGAACGAACAGAAAUUUUUAAUCCGAACGAACCCGCCAGUUGUUACUUUAAAACGCGGAUUUGCAUGUGAAUUUGAAAUUUUUGUGAAACCAAAUUACACAACUAAAUUCUGUUCGAAAGCUAAAAUUGUAUCAAAGUCUUUGCAAAGUGGCGUUGAAACAAUCAACGAAAUAACAAUCAAAGGAGUCACACAAAUAUCCACACGACUUGAUCCCGAUGAAUUAAUAGAAGAGAAGAAAAUCGGAGAAGGUGGAUUUGGUGUAGUUUAUAAAGGGACUUAUCGAGGAAAUGUAGUUGCAAUAAAGAAAAUGAGAGACUAUAAAGACAGCACUGAACUACUUCUGGAAUUUGAAAAUGAAAUCUACAUGUUAGACAAAUUUCGGAGUGAAUAUAUAGUCCAUUUCUAUGGAGCUGUGUUUAUCCCAAAUAAGAUAUGUAUGGUCACUGAAUUUGCACAAUAUGGAAGUUUGAAAGAUCUGAUGAACCAUAAAAAGACAAACGAAAUUGAUGAGAAAAUAAAAUUAAAAAUGAUAUUAGACGCUGCUAAAGGAAUUUUGUAUUUACAUGAAAAUGGGAUAUUACACAGAGACAUCAAGCCAGACAAUAUCUUGGUAAUUUCUCUGGACUUAAAUGAUAAAGUGAAUGCGAAAUUGACGGAUUUUGGAAGUAGCAGAAACGUUAAUUUACUGAUGACAAACAUGACAUUCACAAAAGGCAUUGGAACACCGGUUUUUAUGGCUCCUGAAGUGUUAAAUCAAGAGAAGUACAAACAAGCCGCAGAUGUGUAUUCAUUUGCAAUUUCGAUGUAUGAGUGCUUUGUAUGGGGAAAUGCGUAUCCAAAAGAAAAAUUUAAUUUUCCUUGGAAAAUAGCAGAAUUUGUAAACGAAGGUAAUCGCCUUCAAAAUCCAGGUACAAUAAAAAGUGAAAUAUACACUUUGAUUUGCAUGUGUUGGCAACAAGAACCAAAAAACAGAAUUCCAAUUAAAGUUGUUGUGGAAAAACUCGAAAAAGUUAUCUAA